UGUAUCGCUUCCUGUUUGAUGUGGACACAUAAGAACUACUGGGUGAGGUCUGUUGUGUUAGUGAAGUAAAUAAUGGAGGAAAGCAGUAAACUUGAGUCUGAAAAGCUUCGUGUUUCAUCGAGUUAAUUCGCUUCUAAACAGUUUAAGGCCGGAGCUUCCCUCGCGCCGCUUCCCUUCCACAGCUCCAGUGUUGCGGUGCAGCUCCCAUUUAGCUCACUAUGGAGUGUUAGCCGCUAGCGCUACAUGCCAGUGCAGUGCACCUGUCACCAGCUUCUUUGUCUCACUCACGUCUGUGGCUCCACUUCCUACCGACCGUUAACCAACCGACCGUGUUCACAUAAACGUUUUCUCGGGAUUCUGCUCACUUCUCCGAUGUGGGAGGCGUCACUGUCCGAAAACAAGCCGCCCAGCCACAGCUAACGUCAGACAAAGAAGAUGAACUGAUGAUACUCAACAACAUGUAUAAUAUGAACUCUGUAUGCGUCCCGCUGGAAAGUUCUGAACCCAAGUAGCUCGUCCCGAUACCAAAACAUGGCGUCCUCCAAAGCGAAAGUCGGGGUCCUCAGUGAGCCCAAUUCCCUGAAAGAGAUUAAAAGCACCGCUAGCUGUUCGGCUGGAGAAGCAGCAGCAAACAACCGGAUAUAUUGCCUUGAUGACCUGGAGACCAUGGCCACAGUCGGCACCGGAACCUUCGGCCGAGUCUUCCUGGUGAAGGACAAGAAGAGCAGGGCCUUCUACGCCCUGAAGCAGAUGAAGAUCCCAGACGUGAUCCGACUGAAGCAGGAGCAGCACGUCCACAAUGAGAAGGAGGUGCUGUCCGAGGUCAACCACCCCUUCCUCAUCCGACUGUUUUGGACCCACCACGACGAGCGCUUCCUCUACAUGCUGAUGGACUACGUGCCGGGCGGCGAGCUCUUCAGCUACCUGCGCAGCCGCGGGCGCUUCAGCAACGCCACCGGCCUCUUCUACACCUCCGAGAUCGUGUGCGCCAUCGAGUACCUGCACUCCAGAGAAGUGGUGUACCGCGACCUCAAGCCGGAGAACAUCCUGCUGGACAGCGAAGGACACAUCCGCCUGACCGACUUCGGCUUCGCUAAGAAGCUCUCUGACAGGACCUGGACUCUGUGUGGCACUCCCGAGUACCUGGCUCCCGAGGUCAUCCAAAGCAAAGGUCACGGCCGAGCGGUGGACUGGUGGGCUCUGGGCAUCCUCAUCUUUGAAAUGCUGGCUGGAUAUCCACCGUUCUUUGAUGACAACCCAUUUGGAAUCUAUCAGAAGAUUCUGGCUGGAAAAUUGGAAUUCCCACGCCAUCUGGAUUUCUAUGUCAAAGACCUCAUCAAGAAGUUCCUGGUCAAUGACCGAGCCAGACGGCUGGGCAACAUGAAGAAUGGAGCAGAUGAUGUGAAGAAGCAUCGGUGGUUCAAGGCGAUUGACUGGGAGGCCGUUCCUUUGAGGAAGCUGAAGCCUCCCAUAGUUCCUAAAGUGUCCCAUGAGGGGGACACCUCUAACUUUGAUGUGUACCCAGAGGACGACUGGAAGAAAGACCCUCCUGUGCCUCAGAAGGACUUAGAGAUCUUCAAGAACUUCUGAUCACUGAGCCCGGUUUAUUUAUUGGCGGAAUAUCCUGAGAAUUGACACACAACAUAAUAUAUAGUAACUGUUCCAGCUACUAUCAUGGAGAAAAUCCCUAUUUAUCAAAGCCGGGAGCCUCAUUUUAUCCGUAAAUAGGGUUUCCCAAAAGACAAACUCCAAAUGAUUGAUGCUGUGACAUGUAUCAUACCACAGAGAUGAUUUGCUUUUUAUAUUUUUAUUUAUCUGACUAAAGUCAAACCUUUGCUGUUUUCAUUUUUUUUAUCACUGUUUUUUCACUGAGCCUGCUCAUAUGCAAAACAAAUAAUGUGUUUCCUUUGAAACCAAAAGACUGUUACUUUCUAGGUUUUAAACAACGAGAAUAAUCAGGUCCUUUUUAAAAAAAUAUUAUUAUGUUUUAUAUGUUUUCAAAAAUGUUCACGCGGUCAUAUCUAAUGUGACUCCAGACUGGUGCUGUAACUGUCAGCUGGCCAGUAGUCACUAAUGCAGGUUUAGUCUGAUUAUUCUGGAUGUAGUCAUGAGUCUGAACAGGCGCAGCACUUGUAAAAAGGUGCCUUACAUCACAGUUUGAUGGUUCCAUAGACAUAGAGCUUUUCCUCCGCCACCCCUGAUUAUCAUCUCUGUACAUGUGAGGCGAUGAAGGUCUCCUACUGUAAACCGGUCCUCUCCCGGCGCUCUCAUUUCCCGUUGCUUUUCUCCAGCAGCUUUACUCGCAGCCAAAGGACUUUGUCAUUACCGUACCGUCACAGAUGUACUACAGACUUUCCCAAGAUGCUCACUCACUUCACUCCUCAUCAUCAUUGUCAUUGCUGGCGUGCUUUUUAAAGCCCAGCCGUGGGUGCUGGGGGUGUGAGCUACUUGCCUCUCUUUAGAGCUACAUUACAGUAUUCUUCAGCGUUCCACUUUAUUGUGCAGAAGGCUUCGGUUGGUAUUUCCGGACACGAUUGGCCUUUUUUUUUUUAAACGAACCUCAUCUGAAUUAGUUCAAUGCCAUUAAAAUGCAAGAGACGAUGUGAUUGCUGUGCCUCCCGCUUCAUGACGGAGCUGCUGCUAUCCAACUGAAAGGAUGCCGAUUGGUGUUCACACCAAAAGUCCGGACUGUGUCAAAAGGGCUCAAGGAGCCGUGAUGCUGCAGGUCCUGGGUACCUAGGUGUGUUUGUUUGACCCACCCAUCCACCUGACCCCCUCUCUCACGUGCAUCUUUAUUCCACGUCAUCCCACUUCCUCCUUGGCUCCCAUAGGUACUGCGGUCGCUAGAGGCCCGAGCUGAUGCUUGAGGACUGACUCAAGUGUCUGUUGUGACGAGUUGAUCCCUUCACACGGCUGCUGGGUGGUCCCCCAUGUUUUAGCAGCGCUCAGAGGAGCAAUACACUGUCCCUGUCGUAACAUGUGUUAAACACAAGUAAAUAGUGUGAGAAGAUGCUGGGGGGGUCAUCGUUACCGUUAUGUACUGAAAUGCUAUUGUACAUUUUAAGGGUAAACUAGAGGUAUGGCCAGAUAGUUUUGAUUGGUAGAACUUUAAAACCAGUGCAAGGGGGGUGGUCCCAUGUUUCUAAUUAACCUGUCGCUAAGCCCCGCCCUUUUGCGCAGACCAGACCAGGGUACGCCAACGAUCCGUGGACAGUUUAGUGGAUCUGGAGCUGUUCAUGGUUAAACGUCGUAACGGGGAGACCCGUUAAGUCGUGUGGAGCUAUGUGAGAAAGAGCUGCUGCGUGUUAAUGUCUGAACAAAGCCCCACUCUUAUUUCCAGUGAACCGUUUGAGGACAUUUGGUGAUUGCUAGCUGGCUGACAACCUUCAGGAGUUGAUGCCUGACUGUACACACGGGAAAGUGUUUUAGUGUGUUGUCUCACAAGGAUAUUUGUGAGACUGUACUAUAUUUAGCAGCCUGACAUCCCUUAUUGCACCAUGCGUCUCCGUAGUCACACAAUGUUCACGUGCUGCCCCCCCCCCCCCCUCCACCCUCCAUAUCCCCUUCACAUUGCAGAUACACUGUUGUGCAUUCUUACAGAACCAAAGGAGAGCUUUCUGAGAGCAAUGUCAUUGUUUCACAUUUGUGGCAAUAGACCGGUUUCUUUGCUUAUCAAAUCGAUGUUGAUUGCAACAAAGUAAUAGUGACACAGUCAGCGUCUCCAUCUCUCAGCCUUGUUUCGCUAUGCAAUUAUCUACGGCGACUUCCGGCACCAUUUAUCUCUACUAACAGAUAUCAGCAUAUGAAUGCAAAAAAAAGAAAGAAAACGUUAGCUUGUAAAAUACGGUAGCCGACACACGGACAAGGACGCCUUUGCCCGGAUAUCCGCUGGCUGCACUCGAACCUCAGAAAUAAAGUUGGCUUGGCGACGGGUGAGUUGUGGUGUCAGCGAGUGGUGACAUGAGCUACAUCGUGAAUACAGCCCGAAGCCAUCUACUGAACUAUAUCAAUGUUAAAUACAACAGUAGGAUGUGGGCAUCUGCAAGUUCUCGACUUCCAUUUCUUCUUACGUCUUGGAAGCAUACGCUUAUACUGAUAUAUCUGUGAUAAGCUCAUAUUAACCAAUAAUAUCAACCUGGUCCUCUACUCCAUACCUGCACAACAUAUCCAAAUCUGGCAGCUUCAUAUAGUUUUCAUACAGUCCAUCAGUCACUUGGGUUCAACAGUAUGAAAGGCCUCCGUACGUCCUUCUAUGUGAACAUGUGCAGUGUGGGCACGCACAGGACUUCUAUGGAGCUUUUAUAAUGUACAGAAAAUAAUCAUCACAAUGCCUGUAAUGUAUAGAUCACUAAAAUGACCUACCCAGCAUGCUUUGCGGUCCAAACAACCGCGAUUGUUUUACAAUUCCUCGUUUUUUUUUUUCUCCAUCAUUACGUUCACUUCUGAUGGUGGCGGAAAAUAACCAUGUAGACACAAUUUAUGGCUCCCAAUGCUUUGAGUUUACGAUUUGCCAUUUAAAUUGUCUGAAAACUGCCAAUAUUGAAAAUCUACACAGUUGAUUUGUCACCUCAAAAAUCCUCAGAGAUAAAUGUAAUAAUGAAAUGACACAAACAUAGAAAAGCCCAUCGUUGUUGUUAAGCUGCUUUGGAGCUCGGCCCUGUGGUAUCUUUGGACCGGGCAUGGGGGCGGGUGUUCCUGCAAGGCAUGCUGGGUAGGCACAUCCGAGUGUCCCCGCCUGUGUCAUCCUAUGGUUACAUCACACGCACCACAUCGUAUGUAUAGUGUUGUCUGCUGAGUAGAGGACGGCUCAUAGAGAGCCUGCUUGUAUAAUGCAUGUGUCUUUAACCUCCAAACCCAGCCACUUAUGUCUUACCUAGCAAUAUCUUUAUAUCUCUCAACCUUUAGUCAUACGUGUUCCACCCUAUACAUAACAAUGCCUAUCAAUAUACGCUAUCUCCUUUUGUACCUUUCAUUAUGGAACUUUAAGCAAUGGCACAUGUUUGUAUCGAGACUUAAGGGUCUUUGGAAAUGUUUGAAAGUGAUAAGAAAGAAACUUUUCUCUUC